CCCCCCGCGCCCCUGACGUGGGCGGCGCGGUCUACUCCUCCGCGAGACCGCUCCUCGGGGCCGGGGAUCCGCUCCCCGGGGGCGCCGGGACCUCGCCGCGCGCGGAGGCGGAGGCAGCACGCGUGUAGGGACGUUACGAGGUGUGUCGGCAUGUGUGUCCCGGACCUGCUGUAGGUGUGUGCCCUCUUUCCGAUACUGGAGGGAAAAACAAAAAACAAAAAACAUGCCGGUCCGGAAGCAAGGUGAGAAUUUAUUUCGGGACCUCUCUUCUCGUGCGGACACCCAGAGAGCACUGCACCUUUUGGAAGAAUAUCGUUCAAAACUAAGCCAAACUGAAGACAGACAGCUCAGAAGUUCCAUAGAACGAGUCAUUAACAUUUUUCAGAGCAACCUCUUUCAGGCUUUAAUAGAUAUUCAAGAAUUUUAUGAAGUGACCUUACUGGAUAAUCCAAAAUGUAUAGAUCGUUCAAAGCAGUCUGAACCAAUACAGCCUGUGAAUACUUGGGAAAUUUCCAGCCUUCCAAGCACUACUGUGACUUCAGAAACACUGCCAAGUAGCCUUAGCCCUAGUGUAGAGAAAUACCGGUAUCAGGAUGAAGACACACCCCCUCAAGAGCACAUAUCUCCACAAAUCACUAAUGAGGUGAUAGGUCCGGAAUUAGUUCAUGUCUCAGAGAAGAACCUGUCAGAAAUUGAGAAUGUCCAUGGAUUUGUUUCCCAUUCUCAUAUUUCACCAAUAAAGCCAACAGAAGCUGUACCUCCCUCUUCUCCCACUGUCCCUGUGAUCCCUGUCCUGCCAGUCCCUGCUGAGAAUACUGUCAUCCUACCCACCAUACCACAGGCAAAUCCUCCUCCAGUAUUGGUCAACACAGAUAGCUUGGAAACAUCAACUUAUGUUAAUGGCACUGAUGCAGAUUAUGAAUAUGAAGAAAUCACACUUGAAAGGGGAAAUUCAGGGCUUGGUUUCAGUAUUGCAGGAGGUACGGACAACCCACACAUUGGAGAUGACUCAAGUAUUUUCAUUACCAAAAUUAUUGCAGGGGGAGCAGCUGCCCAAGAUGGAAGAUUACGGGUCAAUGACUGUAUAUUGCGAGUAAAUGAAGUAGAUGUUCGUGAUGUGACACAUAGCAAAGCAGUUGAAGCAUUGAAAGAAGCAGGGUCUAUCGUACGCUUGUAUGUAAAAAGACGGAAACCAGUAUCAGAAAAAAUAAUGGAAAUAAAGCUUAUUAAAGGCCCUAAAGGUCUUGGGUUCAGCAUUGCUGGAGGUGUUGGAAAUCAACAUAUUCCUGGGGAUAAUAGCAUCUAUGUAACCAAGAUAAUUGAAGGAGGUGCAGCACAUAAAGAUGGUAAACUUCAGAUUGGAGAUAAACUUUUAGCAGUGAAUAGUGUGUGUUUGGAAGAAGUUACUCACGAAGAAGCAGUAACUGCCUUAAAGAACACAUCUGAUUUUGUUUACUUGAAAGUGGCAAAACCCACAAGUAUGUAUAUGAAUGAUGGCUAUGCACCACCUGAUAUUACCAACUCUUCUUCUCAGCCUGUUGAUAACCAUGUUAGCCCAUCUUCCUACUUGGGCCAUACACCAGCAUCACCAGCCAGAUACUCACCUGUUUCAAAAGCAAUGCUUGGAGAUGAUGAAAUUACAAGGGAACCUAGAAAAGUUGUUCUUCAUCGUGGCUCAACAGGCCUUGGUUUCAACAUUGUAGGAGGUGAAGAUGGAGAAGGAAUAUUUAUUUCCUUUAUCUUGGCUGGAGGACCUGCUGAUCUUAGUGGAGAGCUCAGAAAAGGAGAUCGUAUUAUAUCGGUAAACAGUGUUGACCUCAGAACUGCCAGCCAUGAGCAAGCAGCAGCUGCUUUAAAAAAUGCUGGCCAAGCUGUCACGAUUGUUGCACAGUAUCGGCCUGAAGAAUACAGUCGUUUUGAAGCCAAAAUACAUGACUUACGGGAGCAGAUGAUGAAUAGUAGCAUUAGUUCAGGAUCAGGUUCUCUUCGAACUAGCCAGAAGCGAUCCCUCUAUGUCAGAGCCCUUUUUGAUUAUGACAAGACUAAAGACAGUGGCCUUCCCAGUCAGGGAUUGAACUUCAAAUUUGGAGAUAUCCUCCAUGUUAUUAAUGCUUCUGAUGAUGAAUGGUGGCAAGCCAGGCAGGUUACACCAGAUGGGGAGAGUGAUGAAGUUGGGGUAAUUCCCAGUAAACGCAGAGUUGAGAAGAAAGAACGAGCCCGGUUAAAAACAGUGAAAUUUAAUUCUAAAACAAGAGGAGAUAAAGGGCAGUCAUUCAAUGACAAGCGUAAAAAGAACCUCUUUUCCCGAAAAUUCCCCUUCUACAAGAACAAGGACCAGAGUGAGCAGGAAACAAGUGAUGCUGACCAGCAUAUAACUUCUAAUGCCAGCGAUAGUGAAAGUAGUUACCUAAUCUUGAUUACAGAUGAGUAUGGCUGCUCAAAAGGUGGUCAAGAAGAAUAUGUCUUAUCUUAUGAGCCAGUGAAUCAACAAGAAGUUAAUUAUACUCGACCAGUGAUCAUAUUGGGACCUAUGAAAGACAGGAUAAAUGAUGACUUGAUCUCAGAAUUUCCUGACAAAUUUGGAUCAUGUGUUCCUCAUACAACUAGACCAAAGCGAGACUAUGAGGUAGAUGGAAGAGAUUAUCAUUUUGUGACUUCAAGAGAGCAGAUGGAAAAAGAUAUUCAGGAACAUAAAUUUAUUGAAGCUGGCCAGUAUAACAACCAUCUGUAUGGAACAAGUGUUCAGUCUGUGCGGGAAGUAGCAGAAAAGGGCAAACAUUGUAUCCUCGAUGUGUCUGGAAAUGCCAUAAAGAGAUUACAGAUUGCACAACUUUACCCAAUCUCCAUUUUUAUUAAACCCAAAUCCAUGGAAAAUAUCAUGGAAAUGAAUAAGCGUCUAACAGAAGAACAAGCCAGAAAGACGUUUGAGAGAGCCAUGAAACUGGAACAAGAAUUUACUGAACAUUUCACAGCUAUUGUACAGGGAGAUACGCUGGAAGACAUUUAUAACCAAGUGAAGCAGAUCAUAGAAGAACAAUCUGGUCCUUACAUCUGGGUUCCAGCAAAAGAAAAGUUAUGAGGACUGAUGUUUCUGUUUCUCUUUUCCACAAUCUCAUUUUCUCUGACACUUCUUUGCCCUUUCCUUUUGGAGUCUGUCUGCAAUACUCCUUCCAUGUUGAAUCGUAUCCCACUCAUCAUGAUCUACAGUUGUGCUUAGUUUUGACAACUAGCGUCUCCUUCAAGUUGUAGCAUCUGUAUUAUUUUAUGUCACUAUUGGUUUGUGGCCAUUUUUCAGAACUGAAGAUGGAAUGGCCUGACCAGCUAUUAAGGAUUUGGGGAGACUGGGAAAUUGUGGUAAAAUUCCUUAAUGUUUAAGGGAAAGUAACUUUAAGAGAUUUUUCAGAAAAGCUUUAUAUACAUUCUUUUCAAAUUUCAGUAUAAAUGAAAGAAAAGUGGUGUUAAUCAGUGAUUUAGUAAACUUUGAGCAACAGUGCACGCUUAACUUUAAUAGCAUGGUUUGGCCAAUAUAUUAACUUUCAAGUCCUUUUCUCAAUUGACUUGUGUUAUCAAAGCAAAUAUUUCAUUAUAGACAAAUAAGGAAAAUGUUCUUUAAUUUCAAAGUUAAUUUCUGCAUUAACUUUCAUAAUUUCACAAGGGAUACUCAUUUUUCAUAAGAGUUCUUCAUGUCUUACUGUUUGAGGGGUUUUUUUCUCAGUACAUUUGCUAGGAAUAGCAGUGUUAUAAAUGUUUUUAAUCUACUUGUGCAGGACUAUUUAUAGUGUCUUACAAAAGUUCAUACAUAAUGAUCACAUUUUCUGAAUUGAGGCCAUGUUUAGGUGCUAGGGGAGCUCACCUUUUACACACAAGGUUGAGAAAAUUUCAUAGACAUAAAUACAGAGAGAGAACAGACAUUACAGUGGUGAUGUAGUAAUCAUUAUGGCAGUGGAAAAGGAGUCCAAUUCAUAGUCUAAAACUUUAAAUGUAUUCUUAGGGAUCAGAUUUUAAUGAAUAUUUUACCCACAGUAACUGCCUAUUUUGUUAUAAUAAAAUAUAUAUAUAUAUAAAUAUAUAUAAAACUUUCUUUAACUAAACUCUGUAACUAUGGGAAUUAUUUUCUUUACAUAGUUGCACACACACACAAACAUAUAUAUAUAUUUAAAAUAUAUUUUUUUCUUUUGCCACCUACUCUUAACUUUUUGUUUGGUUUUUAAAUUAAAUAUUAAUUGAUUAGACUUUAUCUUCCUUAAUCAUGUGAACUGAAAAUGGGGGUAUGGUGGUUGUGGAAAGAAACCUCUAGGGAAAUUAGAUUACAUACAGAAGUAUAGGCGUGUUCUCCUCUUUUCUACAAAAAUUUUCAAAUGGUUCCUGGUUUUGUUUGGGGUUUUUUUUAUUACUGUUGUUCUUGUCAUUGGAUUUGGAUUUGGUCUUCUGCCUCUCUUUCCAUUUCUCCUUUCACUAAUAGGCAAAUAAGCAAAAGCCUCAUGUGUGUUUGUUUUCCCCUCAGACUGCACGCCUUUCACCUCUUGUAGCUGCUCUGUCCUAGAGUUGCACAGAUCUUCAUGGUGAGGAAUUUUAAGAAAUUUUCGUGAAAGGUAGAUACGAUUUCAGAAAUCAUCUUCUCUGGUCUUUUAAUAAUAUUGUUUGGCUUCCCUUUGCUUUUUUGGAAUUGUUGAUUAAAUAUGUGUUUUUGACAACCUCCUCAUUAGAGUUUCUUAAAUGAGUACUGGUUUGUAAAGGAUUAUCAACAUUAUCCAUUCCAUUUAUGAAAAAGAGGAGAACAGCUAAUAAACUUUAUUGUAAAAUCCA